UGGCUGGCGCUCCGAUCCCCACCUCCAGCCCCAACCCCUUGCAGGGAAGAGUUGCCGCGGCCAUGGCGGGGAUGAAGACAGCCACAGGGGACUACAUCGACUCGUCCUGGGAGCUGCGAGUGUUUGUAGGAGAGGAGGACCCCGAGGCUGAGUCGGUCACCCUCCGGGUCACAGGGGAGUCACACAUCGGCGGGGUGCUCCUGAAGAUCGUGGAGGAGAUCAAGCGGAAGCAGGACUGGUCAGACCAUGCCAUUUGGUGGGAACAGAAAAGACAGUGGCUGCUACAGACCCACUGGACCCUGGACAAAUACGGGAUCCUGGCGGACGCCCGCCUCUUCUUUGGGCCCCAGCACCGGCCUGUCAUCCUGCGGCUGCCCAAUCGCUGUGCCCUGCGCCUCCGAGCCAGCUUCUCGCAGCCCCUCUUCCAGGCCGUGGCUGCCAUCUGCCGGCUCCUCAGUAUCCGGCACCCUGAGGAGAUGUCUCUGCUCCGGGCUCCUGAGAAGAAGGGGAAGAAAAAGAAGGAAAAGGAGCCGGAGGAGGAGGUGUAUGACUUGACCAAGGUCGUCCUGGCCGGGGGCGUGGCACCUGUGUUGUUCCGGGGGAUGCCAGCCCACUUCUCAGACAGUGCCCAGACCGAGGCCUGCUACCACAUGCUGAGCCGGCCGCUCGCACCGCCAGACCCCCUCCUGCUCCAGCGCCUGCCUCGGCCCAGCUCCCUCUUGGACAAGACCCAGCUCCAUAGCAGGUGGCUGGACUCGUCGCGGUGCCUCAUGCAGCAGGGUGUCAAGGCGGGGGACAUGCUCUGGCUGCGCUUCAAGUACUACAGCUUCUUCGACCUGGAUCCCAAGACAGACCCAGUGAGGCUGACCCAGCUGUACGAGCAGGCUCGGUGGGACCUGCUGCUGGAGGAGAUUGACUGCACUGAGGAGGAGAUGAUGGUGUUUGCAGCCCUACAGUACCACAUCAACAAGCUGUCCCAAAGUGGGGAGGUGGACGAACCGCCUGGCACAGACCCGGGGCUGGAUGACCUGGAUGCAGCCCUGAGCAACCUGGAGGUGAAGCUGGAGGGGUCGGCGCCCACGAACGUGCUGGACAGCCUCACCACCAUCCCAGAACUCAAGGACCAUCUCCGGAUCUUCCGGCCCCGGAAGCUGACCCUGAAAGGGUACCGCCAGCACUGGGUAGUGUUCAAGGAGACCACACUGUCCUACUACAAGAGCCAGGACGAGGCUCCCGGGGACCCCAUUCAGCAGCUCAACCUCAAGGGCUGUGAAGUGGUCCCUGAUGUCAACAUCUCAGGCCAGAAGUUUUGCAUUAAACUCCUGGUGCCCUCCCCUGAGGGCAUGAGUGAAAUCUACCUACGAUGCCAGGAUAGGCAGCAGUAUGCCCGCUGGAUGGCCGGCUGCCGACUGGCCUCCAAGGGCCGCACCAUGGCGGACAGCAGCUACUCCAGCGAGGUGCAGGCCAUCCUGGCUUUCCUCAGCCUGCAGCGGACAGGCGGUGGGGGCUCGGGCAACCACCCCCAGGGCCCUGAUGCCUCCGCUGAGGGCCUCAACCCCUACGGGCUUGUCGCCCCCCGCUUCCAGCGAAAGUUCAAGGCCAAGCAGCUCACUCCACGGAUCCUGGAAGCCCACCAGAAUGUGGCCCAACUCUCGCUGUCCGAGGCCCAGCUACGCUUCAUUCAGGCCUGGCAGUCCCUGCCUGACUUCGGCAUCUCCUACGUCGUGGUCAGGUUCAAGGGCAGCAGAAAAGACGAGAUUCUGGGCAUCGCCAACAACCGACUGAUCCGCAUCGACUUGGCCGUGGGCGACGUGGUCAAGACCUGGCGCUUCAGCAACAUGCGCCAGUGGAACGUCAACUGGGACAUCCAGCAGGUAGCCAUCGAGUUUGACGAGCACAUCAACGUGGCCUUCAGCUGCGUAUCUGCCAGCUGCCGCAUCGUGCAUGAGUACAUUGGGGGCUACAUCUUCCUGUCAACGCGGGAGCGGGCCCGCGGGGAAGAGCUGGACGAGGACCUCUUCCUGCAGCUCACAGGAGGCCACGAGGCCUUCUGAAGCCUGUCUUACUGCCC